AUGGCGCCGGAGAAAAGAGAAGAGACGCGUUCUCUCACCUCGCCCGAUACCACCACAGCUCCAGACCCGCCGCCCAUCCAUCCUUCAUUCAUCCAGGUCGCCAAGCCGUACAUCUUCGAGCAGACCAUCCAGCGAUGUAUUGCCGCCAUGGGGGUCAACCCCCUGCGCGAGGAAUCGCUCCGCCUACAGGGCGUCACCUGGAUCGAUAGCGUGCGGCGCAAUCUGUCACUUCCGAUUCGCACAUUUAACACGGCGGUGGUUUACUACCACAAAUUCCGACUCGUUCAUCCGGACAACGAGUACAAUUACACUGACGCCGCCACUGCCGCUCUCUUCACGGCCUGCAAGGUUGAAGACACGCUCAAGCGGUCUCGUGAGAUCGUCUGUGCAGCGUACAACCUUAAGCUGCCGCCUCAUGAGCACAUGGCCCCUGACAGCCAGGCCUUUGAUAUGCCCGCGCGGGGCAUAAUCGGUCUCGAGCGCCUGAUGCUUGAAUCUUCCGGCUUUGACUUCCGCACACGCCACCCGCAGAAAUCCCUUGUCAAGCUGGCGCGGAAGUACGGGUUGACGUCUCAAUCCGAAGUCUCGACCGUGGCCUACCGCAUCGCGCAGGAUCUGUACCGGACGUACGCGCCCAUCAAACAGACUACCUCGACCAUGGCUUUCAGCGCCCUGGAGCUGGCCGGGCGUUUACUGGAUCAGCGGAUUCCGGAGGUCGAGGAAGGCCUCGACUAUGAGGAUUGGAAGACAAGCCGGGUGGAAGUUAUGGAAACCCUUCUCGACCUCCUAGAAUUGUACACGCACAAUCGUGCACAAACCACCGUCGGCCCGCACUUCCCCGCGGACCGGUUCUUGACUGUGCGGAUUCCGCUGAACUCCGAGGCGGAGGAGAAGAGGCUACCUCGAUAUACGCACUGGGUCGACGAGAAGCCGAAAGUGGUUCCCCCGCCACGCGGUCCGAAGGGAAAGGGCAACAACAACAACAGCAACAGCAACAGCAACACUAGUGCGUCCGACAAACCAGCUCAUCCACUCACUCCCGUUGCGGCGAACGGGGACCGCCUCAGGGCCGGGGAGAAGUUCGCUGUGCGGUUCAUGCUGGAGCCCGACCGCGCGGAGGGAGAGAGGACCCGGGUUGAGGAGUAUUUCCGAGUCGACAUUGAGGAGUAUGAGGUUGAAGAGUGAAGCGAUUUCCUCCCCUGAGUUCCACUUUUUGGGGUAGAUUUGGUGUUUCCUGGAUCUCUGGAAAGUGAUAGGAUGUUAGAGGUGGUGCGCGUGGUCGGAAAAUCCGCAGGAACAGGUAGCUCCACUGUGUUGGUCUUCAGAAGCCGCAGGUAGCUAUUCCUGCCCCCAUGCUUCUGCUUCAGAUGCUGGUAUAUGCACCUCACCUGGCGUGCAGCAGUGUCUGUCAUCAUUGGGAUUCUCUAUCUCAGUCCGGAGCACCCACCACCGCGCUUGGUACAAAUACUCCUUAUGCCUUCUCAGACAGAGAGAAGGGUUAGCCUCUGGCAUAUCCCGACACUCAACAGUAGGAUCCCUGCUAUCACCCAGUCUGAUCGGUAUCUCCCAGGGUGAAGGAGCGGAGUGAUGCCUGAGUCAAC